AUGACUAUGACCGCUACAGCUAGCGAUGCCAACCACAACUCACCAAGCACUUCAGUAGCCUCAACAGCUGUCCGGCCUUCCAAGUUGUUGCUACGCUUUUUUGCAAACUCACCUCUCCUACAAGCUUCCAAAGGGUCCGGCCAGUCAGAUAUCAGAUCAGAAUCAGCAAGCCCCCAGCUCAUUAUCCCCGAACACCCGUUGCUUCCACACGGUUCCGAACUCGAUUUACAUCUGACAAAUACUUGUGCCGUUGACGUUGAUGAUGAGAGGCAAGAGCGAGCUAUAGAGGCUCCGGGUCUGUUUGACGAUAAUGAGACAAUCACGGAUCAAACACCCUUACUCGUCACCUCCAAGUCAGCGGCAGUGUCGGCUCUCCGGCAAAUGUCAGUUAAUCCGCGUAGGCGAGACCGUAUUCUAACACGUAACAAAAAGGACCUCUUCUACACUGGCUCUGUGCACCAGCUUACUUCCACAGAUUUAGCUUACUUUAGCGGUCAUCCGGGAGCCUCUACGAGUGCUGCUGUUGUUCCACUUUUACCACCGCCAUUGACCAGUAAUGCUACUAACACCGUUACGGCAGCUCAGCGAUCCGGCGGACAAAGCCUGCUGCGAUUCCAUUCCAUGUUUACACCGCCUGGACUGGUCGCAACUCGCCAUUCUACAGCCUCAGCGGCUACCUUCUUCACUCCUGGCCUUUUUCUUUUGCCUAAUCAGGCAGGCUUAGGAGCCACUGGAGUCACUGACAGUUUAGCAUACGGAGCUGUCUGUAAUAGACGAAUGAUAUCUGUUGAUAAUCCGCCUGAUUAUUUUAGCAUUUCGAAGGGAUUCAUGGACACUGAAUCCGUUGAGGUUGGGCUAGGUCACAAAGAAUUCAAUGGAAUUUUAGGUGAUGAAAGUAAAGAAAUGAAUUCUUUGCUGAACGAUACUUUUCAUGCGGCAGUCACUUCUUCGUGUUCAGCCGAUAUCGGUCCAUUGGCAUCUUCAAGAUUGCAUUCAAGCAAAGCAUCGUGUAGCCAUAACCCUGAGGCUACACUUACUGAGAAUAUUGCCUUUCAGAAUUUUGGAGACUCCGAACUCAACCAGUUUCCGCCCGAUCUAGUCAAUAAUUUAUUAUUGACUUCAGCUGCUGCAGUGGCGGCUGCUGCCGCCAGCAGCCCUACUGGCGUAGAUGGAGUCUUUCACGACGCAUUAAAAGAAUUCGUCUCUACCUCUUCUGCCCAUCUUUCAGGUCAAACUGAAGCCCAAGCUACUCAGGAUGUUUCGGUAUCUAUUUGCAUUAGCUACUGCUCUAUUAGCCUUAUCUCCAAAUACAAAUAG